UAAAUAAUAAAUUAUGUAAAUCAAUGUGAUUUCGCCGAUCGGAAAGUGGGAGUAUCAAUCUGCCAGAACAAUCGAAUUUCAUUAUAAUGUAUUGUGUUUUGUAAAAUUAUUAUCUUAACAUACUGUUACCUAUCGUAUUUUGGUUGUGCUUUGGUGUUUCAUGAGUGCACCAGUGAUUAUUGUUUUCUUUAAUUAAUAUACAAGCCGAUAAAAUGCUUCAGGUUUAAAUUAAUUUUGUUGUUCGAAUAGCGAUUUUAUAACACGGUAAAGUAUUUGUUGACGAUUGGAAAAACUCGGUAUUUACCAUGAACUCAAACAUGCGUCAUCGUUGUGUCGUGUUAUUUGCAAUUUUUUUCUUUGGCCUUAUCAUUUCAUUAGAUGCGGCUCCGAAAAGCGGGGAAAAGCGAAAGAAGGGGUCCUCCUCAAAUGCUGCAACGUCCGAGAAAGAGGAGGAUUCGCAGGCUAUAAAGAAUCUGGAAAAAAAUAUUUUAAUUCCACGUUUAGACAACUGUUUUUCAGAUAACAAAAUUAAUGAACCCUCUGAACGACCUAUAUGGAAACCAUUCAUUCUUGUUCAGGUUUUAGCUGCACAAAGAUUAAUAUUAACCGGCCAACAAGACGAAAUAGACCAAGCGACUCUUAUAUUAACUAACGCAAUACAAUCUAUGGCUAUAGGUGAUAAUGAAAUAUACCCUGAUAAGGAAUCACUGGAUCACAAUUGGUCAAGGUGGGACGAAAUCCGAAAAGAUGAAAAAGAGGAUCUUAUAGAAGAUAUGAAUAAGGCCAUCGAAAAAUUUGUAUUGGACUUAGGGGGGGGAAAAAAAAGAACAGCUAAGAAAGAAGAGAAAAGUAAGAAAAAAAAGAAUGGCUAAAUUCAACAUUUAUGUUUUUAAUCAACAAUAUUUUUGUUUUAUAUAAAGAUAAACUUUAAAUAAUUGUAUUUAUUACAUGUUAUUAUAUUGUCAUAUAUGAGAUAUUAAA